AUGCAUAUUCUUCUCGACGAGUUGGUUGCCUUUCGAAAGGACAACGUGGCAAAAAAGAAGGGCAAGCAACAAGCAAACGCGGCUGAUCAGAAAGAAGAGGCGUGGUCCGAAGAGGCAGCACGGCACAUUCGAGAUGAGACCAUGCGAACGUGCCCCAUGAAACGAGCGAAAGUUCAAGAUGACGAGCGAGACGAGGCAUCUACAACCCCUUCGAAGAAAAAGAUGCUUGUCGACCUCCACCAAGACGAGGUCCAAUUGAAGCGGGAACGGUUGGCAUUUAAGAAGGCAAAAAUGGAGCAAGAGAUUGAAGAAAAGCGCCUUGAUCGCGACGAACGGUGUGAGGCACGGGAGAACGACCGCAAGCAGCGCGAAGAGACGCGCAACCAAAUGUCCGAGAUUUUAGCACUCGAACUUGCGGCGGUAAACAAUCGCAUAGGUUAA